GAGCCACAUUUUGUCCUAUAGAUUCCAGCACAGCAGAAGAAGGAAACAGCAAAUUUCCAUGCUUUUCUGGCCCCAUCUUCCUGCAAAGUCCCAUCUCCUUCCAGGGAACCAUGAAGUGCUUUACUAGAAGUAACUCUUACGCAUUUUAGCAUUAAAUUCCUGUUUAUUCCAUUCUUGUGAGGCUGGGGGAAAGAAAAACGUGGAGUUUUUAAGGGCACUUGGUUCCGUUACCUCAGGCUGUGUAGCAACAGGGAUAUUCCCUUAUUGAAGCAAUUGCUCUGAGCAGCAUUGAAAGGCACAUGAUGACACAAACGCAUCCUCAAUGACUGCAGCUUUGGCACAGGGGAAGCUCCAGCCAAGUUCAGUUCACACUUUUCUGGCAUCCUGACCACACUUCUGUAUGAGGGAUUUCCUAACAACACAACCUGAAGGGCUUGGUGGAGGCACCAGCACCGUGAGCUGUUCCAUACUGUCUUGUGUUGUGUCCUUGGGAGUGACAGCCACUCGGUUCCCACCCUGUCCCACAGCAGGGCUGGAGCCACCCGUGCCCCUGGUGCAGAAGGAAGGCAGGCUCACGAAACCAACUUUGUUUCUCCUAGCUUCCAGCCAAGCAUUUCUGACAACCACAGCUUGGCAAGGGCUGUAAUUUCUCUGAUUUAUAUAUAGAGGAGCUGAGGCUGGGCUGGAGACAAGGACGAUAUAAAAGGGUCUGCUCAGCCCCACUCCUGCAGCCAGGCUGGUGGAGCCGGAGAGCUGCGGGGUGCCCCUCUCUGUGGCCAUGGACACAUCCUACCCACGGGAGGACUACCUGCCCAUGACAUCCCACAAGCGGGACUCAUCUCCCACCACUGUCACCUCUGCACCACCCCGUGACCACCUCAUCUGGUCCAUCUUCAACACCAUCUACAUGAACUUCUGCUGCCUCGGCUUCGUGGCUCUUGCCUUCUCUGUCAAGGCACGGGACCGGAAGGUGGCAGGAGAUGUGGAAGCUGCUCGGCGCUUCAGCUCCAAAGCCCGCUGCUACAAUGCGCUGGCCACAGCUGGCAGCGUGCUGCUGCCGAUCCUGCUCACUGCUCUGGUGGUCACCGGUGUCCUCCACCUCUCCAAGCUCGCCCAGGACUCCGUGGGCUUCUUCAGCAACCAGUUCAGCACCAGCGAUGAUGAGGAUAAGUGAGCGGUGGGCAAGGGGAUGGCAAAAGCCUCUCCGCAGCACUGCUGAUCCAGCCCUGCCGUGCACAACCCCAUGCUUCUUGGGGCAGCUAUGUUAUUUGGUGUGGUUAUUUGGUGUUGGUGGUAGUGUUGUUUUUUUUUUAAUCUCUCCCUUGGUGCUUAAUAUUUAAAUCAUUAAAUCAUUUCACCCAUCUCGAA